CCCAAGAAAGGAAACUGAGGGCUGCUGUCUGCCAGAUCUCACACCCCCCUCUGUGAUGCCGGGAGAGGCUCAGGGCUUGGGCUGCUGAGAUCUGUGCGAGGGAGUGCUUCUGUGACAUGAUGGCCCGACUGGCUCCUGCCUUGUGGAGCCUGUGCGUCACCACCGUCCUCGUCACCUCAGCCACACAAGGUCUGAGCCGGGCAGGGCUGCCCUUUGGGUUGGUGCGUCGGGAGCUGGCAUGCGAGGGUUACCCCAUUGAGCUGCGGUGCCCAGGCAGCGACGUCAUCAUGGUGGAGAACGCCAACUACGGGCGCACGGACGACAAGAUCUGUGAUGCCGACCCCUUCCAGAUGGAGAAUGUCCAGUGCUACCUGCCCGACGCCUUCAAGAUCAUGUCCCAGCGGUGCAACAACAGGACACAGUGUGUGGUGGUGGCUGGUUCGGAUGCCUUCCCAGACCCCUGUCCUGGGACCUACAAGUACCUGGAGGUCCAGUAUGACUGUGUCCCUUACAUAGAAGUGGAACAAAAAGUCUUCGUGUGCCCGGGGACGCUACAGAAGGUGCUGGAGGCCACAUCAACGCAUGAGUCGGAGCACCAGGCAGGGGCGUGGUGCAAGGACCCACUGCAAGCGGGUGACCGCAUCUACGUGAUGCCAUGGGUGCCAUACCGCACGGACACGCUGACCGAGUACGCCUCGUGGGAUGAUUAUGUGGGUGCCCGCCACACCACCACCUACCGCUUGCCCAACCGUGUGGAUGGCACUGGCUUUGUGGUGUAUGAUGGUGCUGUCUUCUACAACAAGGAGCGGACGCGCAACAUUGUUAAGUAUGACCUGCGCACACGCAUCAAGAGUGGUGAAACUGUCAUUGCCACAGCCAACUACCAUGACACCUCGCCCUAUCGCUGGGGCGGCAAGACUGAUAUCGACCUGGCUGUGGACGAAAGCGGGCUGUGGGUCAUCUAUGCCACCGAGGCCAACAGUGGGCGCCUGGUGGUGAGCCAGCUCAACCCCUACACACUGCGCUUCGAGGGCACUUGGGAGACGGGUUACGACAAACGGGCGGCCUCUAAUGCCUUCAUGGCAUGUGGCGUGCUGUAUGUGGUGCGCAGCGUCUAUGUGGACGAUGACAGUGAGGCAGCCGGCAACCGCGUGGACUACGCCUUCAACACCAAUGCCAACCGUGAGGAGCCCGUGGGCCUAGCCUUCCCCAACCCCUACCAGUUCGUCUCAUCUGUGGACUACAACCCCCGCGACAACCAGCUCUACGUGUGGAACAACUACUUUGUCGUGCGCUACGCCCUCCAGUUUGGGCCCCCUGAUCCUAGUGCUGGCCCAGUGACUUCAACACCACCCAGCACGACAGUGGCACCAGCACGGCCCACACCAGCCACAACCACAGCAGCACCAGCAGCCAGCACUACAGCGCGCCGGGCCCCACUCACUACCCACCCUGGUGGUGCUAGCAACCAGAAGGGUACAGAGCCAGCACCUGCCACAGUCACGGCUGCAGCCCCGAGUACACGCCGCCCACCUGCCCCUGGCCAGCACAGUGCCCCCGAGCUCUUCUGCGAGCCCCGCGAGGUGCGCCGUGUCCAGUGGCCUGCCACACAGCAGGGCAUGCUGGUUGAACGGCCCUGCCCCAAGGGUACUCGAGGCAUCGCCUCCUUCCAGUGCCUGCCCUCAUUGGGGAUCUGGAACCCGCGUGGUCCUGACCUCAGCAACUGCACCAGCCCCUGGGUCAACCAGGUAGCCCAGAAGAUCAAGAGCGGGGAGAAUGCGGCGAACAUCGCAGGUGAACUGGCCCGCCACACGCGUGGGCCCAUCUACGCUGGCGACGUCAGCUCAUCAGUGCGACUCAUGGAGCAGCUGCUCGACAUCCUGGAUGCACAGCUCCAGGCACUGCGGCCCAUCGAGCGCGAGUCGGCUGGCAAGAACUACAACAAGAUGCAUAAGAGAGAGCGAACCUGCAAAGACUACAUCAAGGCGGUGGUGGAGACGGUGGACAACCUUCUGCGGCCUGAGGCGCUGGAGUCGUGGAAGGACAUGAACGGGACAGAACAGGUGCACACAGCUACCAUGCUGCUGGAUAUCUUGGAGGAGGGUGCCUUCCUGCUGGCCGACAAUGUCAAGGAGCCCGCCCGCUUUGUCACCUCCCGCCAGAACGUUGUGCUGGAGGUGACGGUGCUGAACACGGAGGGGCAGGUGCAGGAGCUGGUUUUCCCGCAGGAGCUGGGGGGCGAGAACUCCAUCCAGCUCUCAGCCAACACCAUCAAGCAGAACAGCCGCAACGGUGUGGUGAAGGUGGUGUUCAUUCUGUACAACAACCUGGGGCUGUUUCUGUCUACGGAGAAUGCCACAGUGAAGCUGAGCGGGGAUGCGGGUGCCCUCAGCCCCGCCCUUGUCGUCAACUCCCAGGUCAUUGCCGCCUCCAUCAACAAAGAGUCCAGCCGUGUCUUCCUCAUGGACCCUGUCAUCUUUACCCUUGCCCACCUCGAGGCCAAGAACCACUUCAAUGCCAACUGCUCGUUCUGGAACUACUCGGAGCGCUCCAUGAUGGGCGCCUGGUCCACGCAGGGCUGCCGGCUGCUGGGCACCAACCGCACCCAUACCACCUGCGCCUGCAGCCACCUCACCAACUUUGCUGUGCUCAUGGCCCACCGCCAGAUUGGCCGCAUGAAGGAGCUGCUACUGUCGGUGAUCACAUGGGUGGGCGCUGUCAUCGCCUUGGUCUGCCUGGCCAUCUGCAUCUCCACCUUCUGCUUCCUGCGGGGGCUGCAGACUGACCGCACCACCAUCCACAAGAACCUCUGCAUCAGCCUCUUUCUCGCUGAGCUCCUCUUCCUUGUUGGCAUUGACAAGACACAGUACGAGGUGGCCUGCCCAAUCCUGGCAGGGCUGCUGCACUACUUCUUCCUGGCAGCCUUCUCAUGGCUGUGCCUGGAGGGUGUCCACCUCUACCUGCUGCUGGUCGAGGUGUUUGAGAGUGAGGCCUCACGUCGCAAAUACUACUACCUGGGUGGUUACUGCUUUCCUGCACUCGUUGUGGGCACCGCCGCCGCCAUUGACUACCGCAGCUAUGGCACUGACAAGGCCUGCUGGCUCCGUGUGGAUAACUACUUCAUCUGGAGCUUCAUCGGGCCUGUUUCCUUCGUCAUCGUGGUGAACCUCGUGUUCCUCAUGGUGACAUUGCACAAGAUGAUCCGCAACACGUCUGUGCUCAAACCUGACUCCAGCCGCCUGGACAAUAUCAAGUCAUGGGCACUGGGAGCCAUCGCGCUGCUCUUCCUGCUGGGGCUUACAUGGGCCUUCGGCCUCCUCUUCAUCAACAAGGAGUCUAUCGUCAUGGCCUAUCUCUUCACCACCUUCAAUGCCUUCCAGGGCAUGUUCAUCUUUGUGUUCCACUGUGCCCUGCAGAAGAAGGUGCACCGGGAGUUCAGCAAGUGCCUGCGCCACGCGUCCUGUUGCCUGCGCAGCCCCCCUGGUGCCACCCUCAGCUCCCUCAAGACCUCAGCCAUUCGGAGCAACAACCGCUACUACACUGGCACCCAGAGCCGGAUCCGCCGGAUGUGGAAUGACACAGUGCGCAAGCAGACGGAGUCCAGCUUCAUGGCCGGGGACCUCAACAGCACCCCCACCCUCAACCGAGGAACCAUGGGCAACCACCUGCUGACCAACCCAGUGCUGCAGACCCGUGGGGGCACCAGCCCCUACAACACGCUCAUUGCUGAGUCUGUGGGCUUCAACCCCACCUCACCCCCUGUCUUCAACUCCCCAGGGAGCUUCCGUGAGUCCAAGCACCCCCUGAACAACGCCCGCGAUGCCUGUGGCAUGGACACGCUCCCACUCAACGGCAACUUCAACAACAGCUACUCACUGCGCAGCGGGGACUUUGCGCCUGAGACCACCAAGGGCCCCGAGGUCCGGCGGGGCCUGCCCGAUGCUGCUGCCUUUGAGAAAAUGAUCAUCUCUGAGCUGGUGCACAACAAUCUGCGCGGAGGCGGGGGCAGCAGCACAGCCAAUCCAGCUCCCCCUGCACCCCCCACUGGUGACCCAGGCAACCCCCCCGGGGCUGCCAGCGAAGAUGCCCCCCUACCGGGCACCGCUCCCCCGGAGCCCAGCCACGAGGAGACGCUGGAGAUUGAACUCAUGUACAAGGCACUAGAGGAGCCGCUUCUGCUGCAGCGCGCCCAGUCCAUCCUGUACCAGAGCGACCUGGAGGAGUCCGAGUCCUGCACAGCAGAGUUGGCCGAGGGCGCCGAGGGCCAGGCCCCCUCGCCCAACCGGGACUCUCUGUACCCCAGUAUGACCAACCUGCGGGACUCUCCAUACCCAGACAGCAGCCCUGAGGCACUCGGGGAAGUCCUGCCACAUGCCCAAGCCAUCAACGAGAUCUACUACACCAACCGGCCCGGUUUGGGCCCCCGUGGCCAGCUCCAGGCCUACUACCAGGUCCGGAGGCCCAGCAAUGAUGGCUACCUGGUGCCUGCUGGGCUCGAGGGCCCUGUGCCCGAAGGCGACGGGCAGAUGCAGCUGGUCACCAGCCUCUGAAGGCUGGGCAGGGACUGAGGAGCCCCUCCCCCAGUCCCCUCUCCCCUCAUUUGCUUUUAAUUGCCCCCCUGGAGCGGCCAAGAGGAGGCAGCACAGUGGUGGGGGUGCAGUUGCGCCAAGACCUAUGGUCGUUUUCUUUCCCCCCUCCUGGCGCCCUGAGGGGAGUGGUGGUGCCAAGGCCAGUGGCCAUUUUGUCUCUCCUCCCUCCCACUGCCAUUCCUUGGUGUUACCCAUCACAAGUAGGCUUCAUUAAGGGGUUUGACACCAAGCCUCGAUGAGGAGGAGUGGGGAGGAAGGACACAGGCUGGACACGCACAGCUCUGGCUUCUCCUUUUUGCUCAACUCCAUUUUUUUGGCAGGAAGGCUGAAAAGGAGGGGAAAUUCACUUUUUUCAGGGAGGGGGGAUGAUUUUUUUGAAGAGGUCAAAGCCAUGGGGGGCAGGUGGGCACCCUGCUUUGGGGGCUGCCCCCUGGUGAUGCUGAGAGGGACUGUAAGGAGAGCAAGGCAGAGAGGGCCCCACUGACAGG